GGGGACUCCGGGGGGAGGGGGGAGGGACCGCUCGGCCCACGCCCGGGCGCCCGCCACGGCGCUGAAGGGUCUCCCUGCUCGGCCCCGUAGCCGCUCCGCCACGGACUCCGGGAGGCCUCGGGGGACGUCCUGGGGCUUCCCACCCGGCCCGAUCGGACUUGAGAAGGUGAUCGCUCCGCUCUCCCUCCCUCCUUCCCGCCUCCUUCCCCCCACUUAACUUUUUGUCUCCACCCGCCCGCAGCUCCGUCCCCUCCGCGCAAACCCACCCGCGGCUGUGCCAACCGCCGGGGCAUGGGCCCCCCAGCACGGCUCCCGGAGGCCCCGCGGCACCGCAAGAUGUGAGAGGCCCGGGUCCCGCAGAGCCAGAGCUUCGGGAGAGGAGCCGAUUGCCCCCGGCCUCCAGGCGCCGGGCGAGGUGGCGGUGCGCACUGCGCCCCCGCGGUGCUGAGCGCCCCGGAGCGCCCGACCCCGGGCCGGAACGUUUCGCUGGCCGGAGGCGCGCCGCCGAGAGCAGGCUGUCAUGCCCUAUUGAUCCCCCCGCCCCCUGCCAAGUAUGUUUGGGCUGGACCAAUUCGAGCCCCAGAUCAACAGCAGGAACGCUGGCCAGGGCGAGAGGAACUUUAACGAGGCCGGACUAAGCAUGAAUGCCCACUUUAAGGCCCCGGCUUUCCACGCGGGGGGACCCCCUGGCCCGGUGGACCCUGCCAUGAGCGCGCUGGGCGAGCCCCCGAUCUUGAGCAUGAACAUGGAGCCUUACGGCUUCCACGCGCGUGGCCACUCGGAGUUGCACGCGGGGGGGCUGCAGGCGCAGCCGGUGCACGGAUUCUUUGGAGGCCAGCAGCCGCACCACGGCCACCCGGGAGGCCACCACCCCCACCAACACCACCCCCACUUUGGGGGCAACUUCGGCGGCCCGGACCCGGGGGCCUCGUGCCUGCACGGGGGUCGCCUACUUGGGUACGGCGGCGCCGCCGGCGGCCUGGGCAGCCAGCCGCCCUUCGCGGAGGGUUAUGACCACAUGGCGGAGAGCCAGGGGCCCGAGAGCUUCGGCCCGCAGCGACCAGGGAACCUCCCGGACUUCCACAGUUCGGGCGCCUCGGGUCAUGCGGUGCCUGCCCCAUGCUUGCCGCUGGACCAGAGCCCUAACCGAGCCGCCUCCUUUCACGGCCUGCCCGCCCCCAGCGGCUCCGAUUCCCACAGUCUGGAGCCCCGAAGGGUGGCGAACCAAGGAGCCGUCGACUCGCUGGAAUACAAUUACCCUGGCGAGGCGCCCUCGGGACAUUUCGACAUGUUUUCGCCCUCCGAUUCCGAGGGGCAGCUGCCUCAUUAUGCGGCGGGGCGCCAGGUUCCCGGGGGCUCUUUCCCCGGUGCUUCGGCCAUGCCCAGAGCUGCAGGCAUGGUGGGCUUGUCCAAAAUGCACGCCCAGCAGCAGCAGCAGCAGCAGCAACAGCAGCAGCAGCAGCAGCAACAGCAACAGCAGCAGCAGCAGCAGCAUGGCGUGUUCUUCGAGAGGUUCGGUGGGGCCCGCAAGAUGCCUGUGGGGCUGGAGCCGGGAGUAGGCUCCAGGCACCCGUUAAUGCAGCCUCCCCAGCAGGCCCCGCCGCCCCCUCCACAGCAGCCCCCGCAGCAGCCGCCGCAGCCCCAGCAGCAGCAGCAGCCGCCGGCGCCGCCGCCACCUGGGCUUCUCGUCCGACAAAAUUCGUGCCCGCCUGCGCUCCCGCGGCCCCAGCAGGGCGAGGCGGGCACGCCCAGCGGCGGCCUGCAGGACGGGGGCCCCAUGCUGCCCAGCCAGCACGCACAGUUCGAGUACCCCAUCCACCGGCUGGAGAACCGGAGCAUGCACCCGUAUUCGGAGCCUGUGUUCAACAUGCAGCAUCCCCCUCCCCAGCAGGCGCCCAACCAGCGGCUGCAGCAUUUCGACGCGCCCCCGUACAUGAAUGUGGCCAAGAGGCCGCGCUUUGACUUCCCGGGCAGCGCGGGAGUGGACCGCUGCGCUUCGUGGAACGGGAGCAUGCACAACGGCGCGCUGGACAACCACCUCUCGCCCUCCGCCUACUCGGGCCUACCCGGCGAGUUCACGCCGCCCGUGCCCGACAGCUUCCCCUCAGGGCCACCCCUGCAGCAUCCGGCCCCGGACCACCAGUCCCUGCAGCAGCAGCAGCAGCAGCAGCAGCAACAGCAGCAGCAGCAGCAGCAGCAGCAGCAACAGCAGCAGCGCCAAAACGCGGCCCUCAUGAUUAAGCAGAUGGCGUCGCGGAAUCAGCAGCAGCGGCUGCGCCAGCCCAACCUGGCCCAGUUGGGCCACCCCGGGGACGUGGGCCAGGGCGGCCUGGUACACAGCGGCCCGGUGGGCGGCCUGGCCCAGCCGAACUUUGAGCGCGAGGGCGCGGGCGCGGGCGCGGGGCGCCUGGGCGCUUUCGAGCAGCAGGCGCCCCACUUGGCGCAGGAGAGCGCGUGGUUCCCAGGUCCGCACCCGCCGCCGCCGCCGGGGGACCUGCUGCCCCGCAGGAUGGGCGGCUCGGGCCUGCCGGCCGACUGCGGCCCGCACGACCCGGGCCUGGCGCCGCCCCCUCCCCCCGGGGGCUCGGGAGUGCUGUUCCGGGGCCCCCUGCAGGAGCCCCUGCGGAUGCCCGGCGAGGGCCACGUGCCCGCGCUGCCCUCCCCGGGCCUGCAGUUCGCGGGCAGCCUGGCGGGGCUGGGCCAGCUGCAGUCGCCCGGGGCCGGGGUGGGGCUGCCCAGCGCUCCCUCCGAGCGCCGGCCCCCGCCGCCCGAUUUCACGGCCCCGGCGGCGCUCGGGGGCCAGCCCGGCUUCCCGUUCGGCGCGGCGAACCGGCAGGCCACGCCGCACAGCGGCCCGGGCGUGAACUCGCCCCCGAGCGCGGGCGGGGGCGCGGGCGCGGGCGGGGGCGGCGGCGGCGGAGGGGGCGCCUACCCGCCGCAGCCCGACUUCCAGCCCAGCCAGCGCGCCUCGGCCAGCAAGCUGGGCGCGCUGUCGCUGGGCUCCUUCAACAAGCCCAGCUCCAAGGACAACCUGUUCGGCCAGAGCUGCCUGGCGGCACUCUCCACCGCCUGCCAGAACAUGAUCGCCAGCCUCGGAGCCCCUAACCUCAACGUGACCUUCAACAAAAAGAACCCGCCCGAGGGCAAGAGGAAACUGAGCCAGAACGAGGCGGACGGCGCGGCGGCGGCCGGCAACCCGGGCUCGGAUUACUUCCCCGGAGGGGCCGCCCCUGGCGCCCCGGGGCCCGGAGGCCCGCCGGGGACUGGCAGCAGCGGCUCCAAGGCCUCGGGGCCGCCCAACCCGCCCGCCCAGGGGGACGGCACCAGCCUGUCCCCCAACUACACCCUGGAGUCCGCGUCCGGGAACGACGGCAAGCCGGUCCCCGGGGGCGGCGGCCGGGGCCGGGGCCGAAGAAAACGGGACAGCGGGCACGUGAGCCCCGGGACCUUCUUCGACAAGUACCCGGCGGCGCCCGACAGCGGGGGCGCGCCUGGGGUGAGCCCGGGGCAGCAGCCGCCGGCGCAGGGCGCGGCCGUCGGGGGCAGCUCCGCCAGCGCCGGCGAGGCUCGCGGGGCCCCUACGCCCCACGAGAAAGCGCUCACGUCGCCGUCGUGGGGGAAGGGGGCCGAGUUGCUCCUGGGGGACCAGCCGGACCUCAUGGCUUCCCUGGACGGCGGGGCCAAGUCGGACGGUAGCUCCCCGCACGUGGGCGAGUUUGCCUCGGACGAGGUGAGCACCAGCUACGCCAACGAGGACGAGGUGUCGUCCAGCUCCGACAACCCCCCAGCCCUGGCCAAAGCGAGUAGGAGCCCCCUGGUGACAGGCUCGCCCAAACUCCCUCCCCGUGGGGUGGGCGCUGGGGAACACGGACCUAAGGCGCCCCCGCCCCCGCUCGGCCUGGGCAUCAUGUCUACCUCUACCUCCACCCCUGACAGCUACGGCGGCGGCGGGGGCGCGGGCCAUCCUGGCACGCCCGGCCUGGAGCAGGUCCGCACCCCGACGAGCAGCAGCGGCGCACCACCCCCCGACGAGAUCCACCCCCUGGAGAUCCUCCAGGCGCAGAUCCAGCUGCAGAGGCAGCAGUUCAGCAUCUCUGAGGACCAGCCCCUGGGGCUCAAAGGUGGCAAGAAGGGUGAGUGCGCCGUGGGGUCCUCGGGCGCGCAGAAUGGUGACAGCGAGCUGGGCAGCUGCUGCUCAGAGGCCGUCAAGAGCGCCAUGAGCACCAUCGACCUGGACUCGCUGAUGGCAGAGCACAGCGCCACCUGGUACAUGCCCGCUGACAAGGCCUUGGUGGACGGCGCGGACGACGACAAGACGCUGGCACCUUGGGAGAAGGCCAAACCCCAGAACCCCAACAGCAAAGAAGCCCACGACCUCCCUGCAAAUAAGGCCUCAGCCACCCAGCCGGGCAGCCACUUGCAGUGCCUGUCUGUCCACUGCACAGACGACGUGGGCGACGCCAAGGCCCGAGCCUCCGUGCCCACCUGGCGGUCCCUGCACUCCGACAUUUCCAACAGAUUCGGGACAUUCGUGGCCGCCCUAACUUGAAUUGACAAGAACGCCCCUCCCCCACCAGGCCCUUUCCUCCCUUCUCCCCCCCUUCCCCCUCCCUCUCCCCCCACCCCUGCCCUGAACCCCUACUCCCCCUGACCCCCACCCUCCUGGUAAUUUGAAAGGGCCACUAUUGCUGAGUGGAUGAUUUUUUUUCUAGGUUGGUACCUGCUUAGUGGCAUAUGGACCGGAAAGGGUUAAUUUAAAGGGAAAAAAAAAACCUCAAAAAAUUUUUUUAAAAAAGAAAACUCGUCUGCCACAGUAUGUUACCAGUGUUAACCCUUUUGCAGUUAGCAAACUUUUGCUUCAGCCUUUUUCCUGCUAGAUAAUUCCCGUUUUUCUGUAACCUUGGCAUACGUUUUUUUUUUUUAGAUGACCUCUUUCCCUGUUUUAUUUCCAUGCUGCUGUAUGUCCAAGCAUUGUUAUUUCGUAAUAAGACAAGAGUUACUUUCUUUUUUUUAUUCUCUUUUAUUCUUAUUCCUCUGCCCCCUCCCCCCGUCUUCCCCCCCCCCCUCCUUUUUUGCUUUGUUCACUGCUUAUUAAAAUGGAAAUCCUGGAGAAUAGUAGUUCUGGAAUAUUGCCGGGUGAAAGUCAAAUUGUCAUCACGAUAUUAUAUAUUGACACCCAACUGUCAUCAAGUCAGGCAGGAGCCAAACAACUAAUGCCCCCCUUAGGUAUUUCGCCUGGGAUUUUGUUUUGUCUGUUCCCUGAGAAAAUAGAGAGAUAUAUAUUUUCGUUCCUGCAAACACACGCUCAGCCUUCAGCUCCGUUCUGUCUUCUGCUGGAAGCUGUCCUCUCUGCAAUGGAGGUGAUGACGUGUCCAGCCCGCUCAGUGGGAAGGAGUCAGAAUGUUCGACAGUGGUGUUUUCUCUCCUUUUCUGGGCCUCUGUGCAAACGCCCAGGCUCUGAAUUUUCACGCUAUGCUAAGCAGCCCUGGUGUGCGUGGGGGAUGGUGCCCUUCCAGCUUGCAGAGGCUCUGGGGGGCUCCUGGCUCCUGCCCUGCUGCAGCCGGGCUGGCUGGGUCUUUGGUGCCCAGGUUGGGGGAGGAUCAACGCUCAGCCCUUGACCUUUGCCCACAGCUGUUCCAGCCAGGCCUCACGGGAGGAAGGAGGUGGGACAGCGUGUAUGUACCCAGCCUCUCCCAUUCUGUCCCUGCUUCCCAUCUAUUUCCACCCCUGCCCCAGCCCUGCACCAUCCAACCUGGGCAACCGACCCCCGCCCCCAUCCCUAGAAGGGCUCUUGCCAGCACUUUUCCCAGGGGCUCAUUCAGUGAAGGAGCCCCCAGGCCCAGCCUGCGGAGCCCCCCUUCUCUGAACCUGGGUAUAUUUCUUUGCAGGCUCCCGGUCAGGGGGUGGGGUGGGCAUUGGAAGGAAACAAUGGACAGAACCAAGGACUUUUGACUCCUCUGCCUUUUUUCUGAAACCCAGAAAACCCCCCACCCACCUUUUGAUUUAAUCUCACCUUGUUGCAAAACCAGAGCCAUGUCCCAAGCACCUCGCCAAGGAAUGAUCUCUUAGCAGAGAUGGGGAGCAGCAGGACCCCGUCGAGAACCCGGCGCGGCAGGCCUUGGAAGCUCAGGUUCGGCAGGGCAGGCACCUUGGGGGCUGUGGACAGGCACCUUGGGGGCUGUGGACGCCUCCAAAAGGCUUGUAUGACUCCGGUGGGGGGUCGUGAGGGGCACACAGAUUCCAGGGUGGAUCAGACAAGUGACAGACAGCCCUUCACCCAAAUCAAUAACUCCCCCAUUUACUUCUAUUUUUGUUAAAUUGCAAGUCUUCUUAAAAGCCUUGCGCCCCCUCCCCGCUGUCCCCAGGUCCCGAGAGUUUCUAGACCUAUUUUUCUUUUUCUUUCUUUGUUUCUUUUCUUUUCUUUUCUUUUCUUUUCUUUUCUUUUCUUUUCUUUUCUUUUCUUUUCUUUUCUUUUCUUUUCUUUUCUCUUUUCUUUUCUUUCUUUUCUUUUCUUUUCUUUUUUCUUUUCUUUUUUUUUGCAAGUGAUCUGAAGGCUUUGGAUUCACCAUACAACACCCACAUUGUUUAUUUCAAAGAACUUUUCAGCAAAGGGGGAAGAGUGUCCCGAAAAAUCUCGCUCUUUCCCCUCCCUCUUCUUUCCUGCGGGGGCCCUUUUGGCUCGGGUCCGAGACUGGACAGUCCUUGCUCGGGGCCCGGCCCCGGCCCCCGGCCCCCAGAAGGCAGGCGAAGCAGGUGGUGCGAAUUGGUCCGCAGUGAGAAGGUGUGAACGGACUCGGUCCCCAAGUUCUGCCACCAGAGGAAAGAAAAAGAAAAUGGUCCCUCCUGCCACGGGCUGCAGGAGAAUCAGCCAUAUAGUCUGAGCGAAACCCCACGCCCCCCUCUGACUCCACAAUGUACAGCUGUUUGAGAGCUUUAUCACUUUAUUUUUUAAACAGGAAUGAUUUCUCCUUAAUUGCUUAAGGCCGGGGAGCCAAGCGUCUUGACUUCUGUCUUUGCCUUUCCCUGCGUUGAGUUCAUUAGCACCUGGCCAUCAGCUCGAGGUCCUAGCAUCGUCGGAAACCCCUGAAGUUUGAAACUUUCUCGCUCCCCACGACCCUAGAAUGGAACAGCUUUAAAAAUAGCCUUAAGCAAAAGGAUGUUAUUUCAUUAAAUUUGGUUUAAUGGAAAGAAUAAAGGCAAAUUAAAAACACACCCAACUCACGAGACUCCAAACACUGGUAAUCGGUACUGCAUAGCAAACUUUUUUGGGAAAGAAAACGAAAACGUUAUUGCACAUGUAAAAUAUGAAAUCUUAACUCUGCUGUGUGUUAGGCAAUCCUGUAAUCUUUUUUGACUCUUAAAAGAAAUUCAUUUCUGAAAUGCUUGGUUGGAAGACUGUGACAAUAGCUCAUGAAAUUGAGUGUUAUUUUUUUCUUUCUUUUUUAAAAAAAUAUGUAAAGUGCAGUCUUCUGUAUUCAUGCAUAUUGUAUAUACCUGUAUAUGUUUUCCUGAGCAGCUAAAUAACAAUAAAUAUGACGUUAAUGGUGA